CGAGAGAGAAGACGAGGAGGAGGAGGAGGACUUGGGGCGGCCUGACGGAGGCCCGGCGGCGGCCGCUGCUCCUCCUCCCGCGGGUGAGGGGCGGAGGACGGGCGGAGGCGCUGGCCCGAGGAGGGCACUUAUAACCCAAGCCCAUUCAUGAGUCAAGCUUUCCUUUUUAUAAGUCAUGGAUGACAAAGCCUCUGUUGGAAAAAUCAGUGUCUCUUCAGACUCGGUAUCUACUCUUAACAGCGAAGAUUUUGUCUUGAUUUCCAGGCAAGGGGAUGAAACGCCGUCUACCAAUAAUGGCAGUGAUGAUGAAAAGACAGGACUGAAGAUUGUAGGGAAUGGGAGCGAGCAGCAGCUGCAGAAGGAGCUCGAGGACGUCCUGAUGGAUCCUCCGCUAGAAGACCCCUCGCUUGACCGGGGUCACGAGGAGGAGGAGGAGGAGGAGGAUCACCCCCACGAUGGCGAGGCGGAGGAGCCAGUCCUCCUGGAGGCCUCCGCAUCCUCCACCAUUAACCCCGUGUCCGUGGCGGGCCCUCAGAAACCCGAAAUGAGCCUUCCGGUGAAGCCAGCACGGGGAGAUUCUGAGCAGUCGAGCCCUUUCACUCCGGUGGCUGAUGAGGACAGCGUCGUCUUCAACAAGCUGACCUACCUGGGCUGCGCCUCGGUCAACGCCCCCAGGAGCGAGGUGGAAGCCCUGCGGAUGAUGGCCAUCCUGCGAAGCCAGUGCCAGAUUUCCGUGGAUGUGACACUUUCGGUGCCGAACGUGUCCGAGGGGACUGUGAGGUUGUUGGAACCUCCGACCAACACAGAAAUAGCCAACUACCCCAUUUACAAGAUCCUGUUCUGCGUGCGAGGACAUGAUGGCACUCCGGAGAGCGACUGCUUUGCUUUCACUGAAAGCCAUUACAACUCGGAGCUCUUCCGAAUCCACGUCUUUCGGUGUGAAAUACAGGAAGCUGUGAGUCGAAUCCUGUACAGUUUUGCCACCGCCUUCCGCCGUUCUGCCAAAGAAGCCCCACUCGCGGUCCCUGUCGCCCCGCAAACACCCGACAGCGACAUCUUCACGUUCUCGGUCUCUCUGGAAAUAAAGGAAGAUGAUGGGAAAGGGUAUUUCAGUGCCGUUCCCAAAGACAAGGACAGGCAGUGCUUCAAGCUGCGCCAGGGCAUCGACAAGAAGAUCGUCAUCUACGUGCAGCAGACGACCAACAAGGAGCUGGCCAUUGAAAGGUGCUUUGGGCUCCUCCUCAGCCCAGGGAAGAACGUGCAGAGCGGCGAUAUGCACUUGCUGGACCUGGAGUCCAUGGGCAAAAGCUCUGAUGGAAAAUCUUACGUCAUCACGGGCAGCUGGAACACCAAGUCUCCGCAUUUCCAAAUAGUGAAUGAAGAAACGCCAAAAGACAAAGUGCUCUUCCUGACCACGGCUGUGGAUCUGGUGAUCACGGAGGUGCAGGAGCCGGUCCGCUUCCUCCUGGAGACCAAGGUCCGCGUCUGUCCCGCCAACGAGAGGCUGUUUUGGCCCUUCAGCAAGCGGAGCUCCACGGAGAAUUUCUUCCUGAAGCUGAAGCAGAUCAAGCAGAAGGAUCGGAAGAACAGCACCGGCACGCUCUAUGAAGUGGUGUGCCUGGAGAGCGAGCUGGAAAGGGAGAGGAGGAAAACCACUGCAAGCCCCGCACUCCGCCUGCCGCCGUCGGGACCCCAGGGAUCCACGAUCCCCUCCCCUCCUGAGGAUGACGAAGAGGAGGAUAACGAUGAGCCUCUGCUGAGCGGCUCCGGCGACGUCUCCAAAGAGUGUGCGGAGAAAAUCCUUGAGACGUGGGGGGACCUUUUGGCCAAGUGGCACCUGAACCUGAGUGUGCGGCCAAAGACCUUGCCCGCGCUCGUGAGAAGCGGGGUCCCCGAGGCACUCCGGGGGGAGGUCUGGCAGCUGCUGGCUGGAUGUCACAACAACGACCACCUGGUGGAGAAGUACCGCAUUCUCAUCACAAAGGAGUCUCCCCAGGACAGCGCCAUCACACGCGACAUCAACCGGACCUUCCCUGCCCAUGAUUACUUCAAGGACACCGGGGGAGACGGCCAGGACUCCCUGUACAAGAUCUGCAAGGCCUAUUCUGUCUACGAUGAGGAGAUCGGCUACUGCCAGGGGCAGUCCUUCCUGGCGGCGGUGCUGCUUCUGCACAUGCCUGAAGAGCAGGCCUUCAGCGUUCUGGUCAAAAUCAUGUUUGACUAUGGACUCAGGGAGUUGUUCAAGCAGAACUUUGAAGAUCUGCACUGCAAGUUCUACCAGCUGGAGCACCUCAUGCAGGAGUACAUUCCUGAUCUGUACAGCCACUUCCUGGAUAUCAGCCUCGAAGCGCACAUGUACGCGUCGCAGUGGUUCCUCACCCUUUUCACGGCCAAAUUCCCCCUUUACAUGGUCUUCCAUAUCAUCGACCUGCUGCUGUGUGAGGGCAUCAGCGUCAUUUUUAACGUUGCCCUCGGAUUGCUAAAAACGAGCAAGGACGAUCUGCUGCUGACAGACUUCGAGGGUGCGCUCAAGUUCUUCCGUGUGCAGCUGCCCAAGAGGUACCGCUCCGAGGAGAACGCCAAGAAGCUGAUGGAGCUGGCCUGCAGCAUGAAGAUCAGCCAGAAGAAGCUGAAGAAAUACGAGCGGGAAUACCACACCAUGCGGGAGCAGCAGGCCCAGCAGGAAGACCCCAUCGAGAGGUUCGAGCGGGAGAACCGGCGCUUGCAGGAAGCCAACAUGCGGCUGGAGCAGGAGAACGACGACCUGGCCCACGAGCUGGUGACGAGCAAGAUCGCCCUGAGGAAGGACCUGGACAACGCAGAGGAGAAGGCGGACGCCCUGAACAAGGAGCUGCUGAUGACCAAGCAGAAGCUGAUCGAUGCGGAGGAUGAAAAGAGGCGCCUGGAGGAGGAGGCUGCUCAGCUCAAGGAGAUGUGCCGGCGAGAGCUGGACAAGGCCGAGUCGGAGAUCAAGAAGAACAGCUCCAUCAUCGGGGACUACAAGCAGAUUUGCUCCCAACUGAGCGAGAGGCUGGAGAAGCAGCAGCUGGCGAACAAGGCCGAGAUCGAGAAGAUCCGGCAAAAGGUGGAGGACUGCGACCGCUGCCGGGAGCUGUUCAGCAAGGAGGGGCGGGUGAAGGCCGCCGGCGUGGCCCGCGAGGGCGCCGACGAGGAGCCCAACGAGGAGCGGGAGGCCCUGUGCAACCAGCUGCGCGAGAUGGAGCUGGAGCUGGCGCAGACCAAGCUGCAGCUGGUGGAGGCCGAGUGCCGGAUCCAGGACCUGGAGCACGACCUGGGGCAGGCGCUGAAUGAGGUGCAGGCCUCGCGGAAGACCUGGUUCAACCGCACGCUCAGCUCCAUAAAGACGGUGACGGGGGUUCAGGGGAAGGACACGUGCUGAGCGGGCAGCCCCCGCGGACGCCUUCUGGUGCCCCCUGGCCGGACGCCGUGCGGGGAGAGGACAGACUGUACAUAGACACAGGAAACACAGCAGCGCAUGCCGGGGCUCGUCCACAGGUCAGUGGCCCAGGCCGGAUGCGCCGCCCACGCCGUGGGGCUCGUGGCAAGACACGGGGUCUUCAUACUACUGAUUAUUUAACCGGGGGGAUGUAGCUGUAGCCCGAAGUUCUUUUCGGAGGAAGAUUAAAACACUCCAUUCUACAGUCUGGCUGGAGGCAUUUUGCAGGCCGCGGUACGACAACUUACCCAAACCUCUAACUUAUUAAGUUUACAGAUGAGAUUUUUUUACAGUUAGGACUUUUUAAAGAUUUUAUUUGAAAGGAAUAGGGAAAAAUUAACUCUUCUUCAACAAGAAGCUACUUCCAUGCUGGAGACCAGGCCGUCGUCGUCCCCCGCCCCGCCUCGGCCAGCAGGGAGCGCGCGGGGUCGUCUCUGGAACGGGCUCUCCUCCUCCAGGUGUGUGCGCAUCUACCUUGGUCCCUCUCACGUCCAGCGUUUCGUUCUGUCGCUAAUCAAUUCUAUGCAACUUGGGGGCGGGGGACCCUCCUUCCCCUCCCCACUUUUUAAAGCACCUGUCCUCAGAGACUGCCUGCCCAGCUCCACAGAAAAGGCCGGGGCUAGCCAGACCAUUCCAGACCCGCACAGUUCAUGCCCCCCUCCCCGUUGUUUCGGGAAGAUUUCGUUAGUGGAACGUCACUCCCCUUGCGGUCGGUGGCGCCAACGUGUCCCGUGGGGUCCGCUGGCCCCUGGGCUCCCCCUGGCCGGGGGUCCAGCCCAAGCCCUGCUCCAGAGCAGGGCCUUUGUACUUGAUUUCCAAGCAUUAAGUAUUAUGACCUCGAUCUCUUCAUUAACUCCUCUCUGCUUUUGCACGGGCGAUUCUGCUUCCGGGGUUCUUUUUUCGUUUUGCACAUAGACGGGAACGGGACAAAAGCAAUUCGGGCAGGGGGCACGUGAGGAAGUGCCCCCUCAGCCGCUGCCAGAGGCGGCUCUCUGUCCGCACUCGGGCUCGCCCGCGCUCGGCGGCUCCGGCUGCUGGGUGGCGCUCGCUCGGCCUCCUCCCUGCCCCAUGCUUCUCAUAACCACACUGGUAGGUACUAACACUGCUUGGAUUUCUGAGCGCUUAGAUAAUCCAAAACUUCUCACCAGAAAAGCUGUAGAAUGGAAGGUUUUUGCACCUUUGUAUUUUUUUUAAUUUAUACUGGUUUGUGCUAUGCUGAAAUAGCUAUUGUUCUCAGCAGAUAAACUUUUAUUGUGUGCAGCGUGUGUCAUAAGCUGGUUACAAUAAGAGGCACUGGUUUGUAUAUAAAGAUAAUUUGUAUUUCUACGUUAUUUUUCUUGUUGACCAGACUAAUGCUAGCUAAUGCAACCUGAGAAGACGAGAGGUGAGGCCACGUGGUGCCCAGCUUUUAGGAUUUCUCUUCUCCUUAACUGUGUACAUGAAUAUCUUUAUUGUUUAAUAAUACCAAAAAUCAUACCGUAACUCCAUCAAUACUAGACGUGUGGACAUUGUAAUAGAAUAGUUGCAGUGUGUAGACCUUUGAUUGAUAUAUAAACUAGUAAAAUUGUAUUACUAUU